AUGGAGGUCGUGGUUGAGGUCGAGGAGGCCAUGAACGCUUUAGGGACAAAUAUGGAGGAGGUGAUUUUGGAGAUAACCUUGAGGUGGAGUGUGAAGAUAUAUUUGCACUCAAAGAAAGGAAAAAUCAUGGAAGGAUUUGGUAUCGGAGUCUGCACAGCUUGUCCAUUGCUGGUGGAAGAAACCAUCAUAGUGCUUGGUGGAGGAAGCAAGCUGCCAUCAAUGAACGAUUCGAUGUUACCUCCAAUGAUGGCAGGAAGCAUACCGAGAUGCCUGGGCAAUCUUUCUCGCCUGGAAAUUCUUGAGUUACGAAAAAAUAAUCUGUUAGGCGGGAUUCCAUCAGAGUUGGGCAAGCUUUCUAAAUUAAGAAUACUAAACCUUGUGUCUAAUAAUCUUUCUGGUGGAUUACCUCCAACCAUUUUCAACCUCAAUUCUUCUUCUGCUGAAACAAUUUCUUUAGAAGUCGUUUAUCUUUCGGAGAAUCCUCUAAGUGGCCAUAUUCCUAAAGGCCUGUGCCUUUUUAAAAAUCUCAAAAAGCUGGCUCUAGCUGCGAAUGGUUUUGUAGGAAGCAUACCGAGAUGCGUGGGUAAUCUUUCUCACCUAGAAAUUCUUUAUUUAGAUAGAAACAAAAUGUCAGGUGAGAUUCCAUCAGAGUUGGGCCAGCUCGCUAAUUUAAGAAUGUUAAGCCUUAGCCAUAACAAUCUUUCUGGUAGGGCUCCUCCAACCAUUUUCAACCUUUCUUCUUCUGAAGUAAUUUCAUUAGCUUUCAAUAAACUAUUUGGAAAUGUUCUAGAGCUCGCUAAUUUUCGGCUUCCUAAGCUUCAAGAGCUGUAUCUGAGUAGAAAUGGAUUCAGCGGUAGAAUUUCAAAUUCUAUCUCCAAUGCUUCGAUGCUCAAAAUCUUAGAAUUAUCUAACAAUUCCUUCAAUGGACCGAUGCCGAUGACGUUAGGUGGUCUUCGAAAUCUAAAAAUUCUAAGUUUGUCAAACAAUGAAUUGACCACCGAUCCAUCACAAAGAGAGCUUCACUUCCUCACUUCCUUGACACAGUGCCCCCAACUAGAAUCUCUGAACAUUGGUUAUAAUCCUUUGAAUGGAUCACUACCAACAUCUAUUGGUAAUUUCUCCGCUUCUCUGGAAAUUUUUGAGGCAGGAGCAAGUCAAAUUCAAAAUAGUCUUCCAUAUCAAAUUGGUAACCUGAGUGGUUUAUUAGAUCUUGAUUUAGAACUCAAUGAUCUCAUUGGAGCAUUUCCUUCUUCUAUGGGAAAUUUACAUGAGUUGCAGCAGUUGUAUCUCGAUAACAACAAACUAGAGGGAAAUCUUCCAAAUGAGGUGUGUCGAUUAACAUCUGUAGGUGAAUUCUACAUGGAUGAGAAUAAGCUAUCUGGUCCCAUACCUUCCUGUUUUGGGAAUCUUACCAAUAUAAUGGAAAUCUCUUUAGCUUCUAAUGCAUUUACCUCUUUACGACACAGCAUGUGGAGCCUCAGUAAUGUAUGGCUUAUGAAUUUAUCGUUUAAUUCCCUCACUGGGUAUCUUCCCCUUGAGAUAGGAAAGUUGGUGAACCUGCAAAUUUUGGAUCUAUCUAUGAAUCAAUUUUCAGCAACUAUACCAGAAAUAAUAUCCAAUCUGAAGAUGUUAGAGCAAUUGGACUUGUCAGACAAUGCAUUCCAGGGCAACAUUCCUACCAGCAUUGGCAACUUGGGUAGCCUAAAAUCAUUAGAUCUCUCAUCCAACAACUUAUCUGGCACUGUGCCCAAGUCUCUGGAGAAGCUUUACUAUCUCAAAUACUUGAAUCUGUCUUUCAAUAUGUUAACUGGCCCGAUUCCUACCAAUGGAGCUUUUGCAAACUUCACCAUCCAAUCUUUCAUGGGAAACCAUGAUUUAUGUGGCAAUUCAAAACUAAAGCUCCCACCAUGCCCUGACACUAGUCCUUCAAAAUCAAGAAAGGUAAUGUUCUUGCUCAAAUUUGUUCUUCCUCCAAUUGCUGCACUGACACUUAUGGCUUUGCUGCUAAUUCUGUAUAUCAAAUACUGGAGAAAGAGCAAGAAAUUGCCAGUCUCUUCGACAGAUUUAUCGGUAAAGUUGGGUCACAAGUGCAUCUCAUACUAUGAUCUCCUCAAUGCAACUAAUAAUCUCAGUGAAGCAAACAUGCUUGGAACUGGAAGCUUUGGUUCUGUAUACAAAGGAACCAUGUCAGAUGGUGACAUUGUUGCUGUCAAAGUCUUUGAUUUGGAAGUUGAAGGAGCAGUAACAUCUUUUGACAAAGAAUGUCAAGUGCUCAAGAAUGUGAGGCACAGAAACCUUGUGAAAAUCAUAAGUUGUUCUUCCAACCUUGACUUCAGAGCUUUGGUUCUCCAAUACAUGUCAAAUGGUAGUCUUGAAAAAUGGUUGUAUAACCAUGGCCAAAAUUGUUUGAAUAUUCUUCAGAGGAUGGAUAUAAUGAUUGAUGUGGCAUUGGGAUUAGAGUAUCUUCACCAUGGAUAUUCAGAACCCAUUGUUCAUUGCGAUUUGAAGCCAAGCAAUGUUCUUUUGGAUGAAGACAUGGUUGCACAUGUUGGUGACUUUGGCAUUGCAAAAAUUCUAGCAGAAUACAAAUCCAUGACCCAAACAUCAACACUCGGCACAAUGGGUUACAUUGCACCUGAGUUUGGAUUACAAGGAAGAGUAUCUCCAAAAGUCGAUGUUUAUAGCUACGGUAUUAUGUUGAUGGAAACAUUUACAAGAAAGAGUCCGGGAGAUGAAAUGUUUGUUGAAGGAUUGAGUUUGCGGAAAUGGAUCAUUUCUUUUUAUCCUGAUCGAGUUUUGGAGACUAUGGAUACUGGUCUUUGGGCAAGACAGGAAACUGCUACCAUAGCAGCUAUGGAUUCUUUAACCCAGUGUUUCUCAUCUAUCAUAGAAUUAUCAUUGCAAUGCUCAAAUGAUUUACCGGAAGAGAGGCUUAAUAUGACUGAUACUGUGGUUAAACUGAAAAAGAUAAAAGAGGAUAUGGUGUGA